ACCCACACACAGGCAAACAUCACACAUCAGGUCAGAGAUAAAGAGGGGCGGACUUGUUCCUUCACACACUCCAGCCUCAGACCCUCAGCUCCACAAUGACACCUCGGGUCAGCCAGCGGCCUCAGUGGUUACCAAUGAUCUCCUCGCUCUACGCCAUGGUCCCGAAUCUGCUUGUCUCUGCUCUCAUCCUGGGUGUUGUGAAAUCACAAACAGCCAACACGACUGAAGGAGAACUGAGCAGCGUUCAAGGAAACCAAACGUUCAUCACAUCUACAGCAGUCUACAGUACACUGAAGCCGGGCAAUUCGACAUCCAGUUUGCACAAAGAUGAGCUGCAUCAGAUUAAGGAUGAACUUGAAAACAACCAAACAUCUGUGAUCACAGAAGAUGAGGAGGACUUUCAGGAGCAGGAGAUCAAGUUUCCAGGCAGACACUGCAAUCAGGACGCGCUGGUAGAAUACAGCCACAGCUACUGUGGAGCGAUUUUUUACAUGGAGAUGUCGUCAAUCAGCACUGAAAAAUGGUGUGUCCUCGAUAAUAUCAUCAGGCCGUAUAACAACAUGACGCUGUGCCUGGAGAAGCUCUCCAAUCUGGUCGGCUGUUAUUACCCAAACCCAAACAUUCAGGACUUCUUCAUUGAAAUCCACUCAUACUACUUCCACAAUUGUUCCAACGAGGAGCUUCUGCUGGUGGACGCUCCUCAGAGUCUGGUCAUCGUCCUCACGCUCAUCCCCGUGAGCCUCAUCCCUGUCCUGGUUUACCUGGUGAUCUGGAAAAGUAAAGUCCAGGAGUGACGCUAACAAGCUGGAAUAAACCUUGAUUUAUAAUCUAUGCUUUAUAUGAAAAUAUGCUUCAGAAAAUAUUGCAGAGUUUUUAAAGAAAUGUUUCAUAAGCCCAUCUGGUUAGAUCAUAUAUUGAGGUAAGUUAUGAAGAGGUAAAACAAUAUUGUGUUGGAUUUUUGACUCAUGAAAAUUGUGUUUUAUUUGUUUUAUAAUAAAGGAAUGUUUAUUGGA